AUGGCGAAUAGUGGCGGCACCGGGGCGGCGGCUGCGGGGGCAGCCUCGGCAGCGAAUCUGAAUGCUGUUAGGGAGACCAUGGACGUUCUGCUUGAGAUUUCAAGAAUUUUGAAUACUGGCUUAGACAUGGAAACUCUGUCUAUUUGUGUACGGCUUUGUGAACAAGGAAUUAACCCAGAAGCUUUAUUAUCAGUUAUUAAGGAACUUCGCAAGGCCUCCGAAGCACUAAAGGCUGCUGAAAACAUGACAAGUUGA